AUGAAAGUUUUGUUUGUAUUAUUGCUUCUUUUAGCCUUUACAAUAUCUGUUGAGGCUAGCGCUUGUUCUACUACUAGCCAUGCUGAAUUUACUUUACAAUUUGAUCAUUACUGGAACCCGGACGAACGAAAUUAUAAUGGAGACAAAUGUGACAAUUUUUCUGCCUGUGAAUAUUACUUUAUUAUUUGUCUAAACACCCAAACUUCAACCGAUCCUUGUACUAUUGGUAGCUUUACAACCAAGUAUUGGGAAAGGAGUCAAAAUGUGUCAUUUUCUAUUGGUGAAGUUAUGAAUAGUACAAGCCAAACAAACCCUCUUAACUUUACAAUCCAAUCCUAUACGGGUUAUGUAAACCUCCAUAUUAAAGUGAUGGAUAAGGACUUUCAAGAAGGUGCCGAUGAUCUAUUAGAUAUAUUCAGUCACGGCCUUUAUCUUGUUUCUGGUGCUAAAUCUCAGUAUAGAUUAGAAGGAACACGACCAAUAAUCAAGAAAUCAUUUCUUAGUUUUCAAGCUGAGGUUAAAUGUUGUUCACAAUGGACAGGUUCAAACUGUAAUCAAGAUUUAAAUAGUUGCCAAAGUAGCCCAUGUAAAAAUGGGGGAACUUGUGCCAACGCUGGCCCAGACGCUUACAGUUGUAACUGUCAUCCGCAGAAUACAGGAAAAAAUUGCGAAAAUGCUAAUGCAUGUGCUUCGAACCCAUGUGUACAUCCAUAUGCAACAUGUACGGUUGUUGCUAAUACCUAUCUUUGUAGUUGUCCACACGAUUGGACAGGAACUCGCUGUGAGAAAGAUCUUAACUAUUGCCGUAAUAAUCCGUGCCAGAAUGGCGGUACAUGCAGUAAUACUGGACCUGAUCAAUAUAGUUGCAGUUGUACCCCUCAAUACAUUGGAACCAAUUGUGAAUCAUUGGCUUGCAACAGUAAUCCAUGUCAAAAUGGUGCUACAUGUCACGAUAAUGCGAGUGGUUAUAAUUGUGCAUGUGUUCCUGGGUAUAAUGGUACAAAUUGUCAAACAGAUAUUAAUGAAUGUGCAUCGAAUCCGUGUCAACAUAUUUAUUCAACAUGUCAUAAUAACAUCAACGGCUUCACAUGUACUUGUCCUAGUGAUUGGACAGGAACAUUAUGUCAGAGUAAGCUAGACCCUUGUCUUAGUACACCUUGCCGAAAUUCAGGCACUUGCAUUGUUGCUGCCGAUUAUAGUUCUUAUACAUGUUCAUGUGCUACCGAUUAUACUGGUAAACACUGCCAAACAAAAUUGAAUCCUUGUGGUAGUUCACCUUGCCAAAAUUCAGGCUCUUGUGCCCCUUCCAGUGAUUAUACUUCGUAUACCUGUCAAUGUAUUUCUGGCUAUACUGGCAGCACUUGCCAAACAAAUAUUAACGAAUGCCAAUCGAAUCCAUGUCGACAUUUAUACGCAACUUGCCAUGAUGGCAUCAAUGGUUUUACAUGUAGUUGUCCUAAAGAUUGGUCAGGAACACUAUGUGAUAAGGAUUUAAACUCUUGCCGAAGCAAUCCAUGCCAAAACAGCGGUACUUGUGCUAAUACUGGUCUGGAUCAGUAUCAAUGUACAUGUCCAAGUGACUAUACAGGAAGUAAUUGUCAAACUGAUUUAAAUUACUGUCGUAGCAAUCCAUGCCAAAACAGUGGUACAUGUGUCAAUGGCGCAAAUCGGUUUCAAUGUACUUGUGUUACUGGCUAUACAGGAAAUCGAUGCCAAACAAAUUUAAACACUUGCCGCUCUUCGCCCUGCUCGAAUGGAGGAACUUGUAUAAAUCACGGAAUCAAUAAUUAUACAUGUUCAUGUCCUACUGGCUUCACAGGAAGAAUAUGUGAAAUAAAUAUCAACGAAUGUGCCUCUAAUCCGUGUAGACAUAUCUAUGCAACAUGUGUGGAUGGUGCUAAUCGUUAUGACUGUCUUUGUCCAUCUGAUUGGACAGGGAUACAAUGUGGUCAAGACUUAAAUUCUUGUCGUAGCAGUCCAUGUAAAAAUGGCGCAACUUGUAGUAACACUGGACCAGAUGUGUACGCGUGUACUUGUGCUACUGGAUUUACUGGUCCGCAAUGUCAAACAAAUAUCAACGAUUGCAAUACUAAUCCAUGUCAAAAUCAAGGAACUUGCGUAGAUGGUGUAAAUAGCUACAAUUGUAUUUGCAUGGCUAAUUAUACUGGUCAUACUUGCCAAUCAGAUUUAAACAGCUGUCGCAGCUCUCCUUGUCACAAUGGUGCGACAUGUAUUAACUCUGGUGCAAACGCUUAUCAAUGCUCAUGUAUUGCCGGUUUUACAGGAACAAACUGUAUAACAAAUAUUAAUGAAUGUCAGUCCAAUCCUUGCCGCCACGGUAAUUGCACAGAUCAAGUUAAUAGUUUCCGGUGUAUUUGUCCUCCAGACAGAACUGGAACUACAUGUGCAGAUGAUUUAAAUUCUUGCCGAAGUUCUCCUUGUUCUGGUAGUGGAACAUGUACUAAUACACAGCCUAACAUGUAUACAUGCAGUUGUCUAAGUGGCUAUACAGGAAGUAAUUGUGAAACAAAUAUAAAUGAGUGCGGAUCUAAUCCAUGCUACGGCAAUGCGACUUGCAACGAUUUAGUUAAUCAAUACAGCUGUUCAUGUCCGAUCAAUUGGACAGGAGUUCAAUGCCAAUCGGAUCUAAAUACCUGUCGAAGUUCACCAUGUAUAAAUCAAGGAAGUUGUGUCAAUACUGGACCAGAUACUCACGUUUGUAAUUGCGUGGCUGGAUUUACAGGAAUUCAAUGUCAAACAAAUGCGGAUGAGUGUAUUUCUAAUCCUUGCAUGAAUGGAGCGACUUGUCACGACUUAGUAAAUGGAUAUACCUGUCAGUGUUUCAGUAAUUGGACUGGCGUCCACUGCCAAUCAGACAUGAAUCCUUGCCGUAGCAAUCCAUGCCAAAAUAGAGCCUUUUGUAGCAACUAUGGAACAGAUUAUUAUAACUGUACAUGUAUAGCUGGUUUUAUGGGCACCUUUUGCCAAACAAAUAUUAACGAAUGCUCAUCUACGCCUUGUAUGAAUAAUGGAACAUGUGAGGAUCAGGUCAAUAAAUUUCAUUGCAACUGCGAUCAUGGAUGGAUUGGGACAUUAUGUGAUUCAAGCAUCAAUGAAUGCAAUAAUACUCAUGGAAAUGCCUGUGUAAACGGUACAUGCGUCGAUCUCCAUCUUAACUACUUCUGUAAUUGCAGUACUGGCUUUACUGGAGAUCAUUGUGAUGUUAAUAUCGAUGAUUGCAAUCCUAAUCCAUGCCAACAUCAAUCGACUUGUAUUGAUGGAAUUAAUCAGUAUCGAUGUCAAUGUCAACCUGGCUAUAAUGGUACCAAUUGCACCUACGAAAUCAAUGAAUGCAAUAGUAAUCCAUGCUUGCAUAGUAGUACAUGUAAUAAUUUGAUUAAUAGCUAUAACUGUACCUGUCUUGCGGGUUAUACUGGAACUUAUUGCCAAACUAAUAUUGAUGAAUGUAAAUCCAGUCCAUGCCAACAUGGAAGUAAUUGUACUGAUUCAAUUGAUGGCUACCAGUGUAAUUGUACUCUUGGCUAUACAGGUGUAUUAUGUGAAACAGAUAUCGAUAACUGUUUAUCCAAUGAAUGUCAAUAUAAUGCUACUUGUAUUGAUCAAGUCAAUUCUUAUCGAUGUCAAUGCAUAGAUGGAAUCACUGGUAACUUAUGCCAAACAGAUAUUGAUGAUUGUCAAGCUAAUCCAUGCCAAAAUUCCGGAACAUGCGAUGAUCUGAUUAAUGGCUUUAUAUGCACAUGUGCUAGUGGCUAUACAGGAGCUACUUGUGCCGUUAAUAUCAAUGAAUGCCAAAGUAAUCCAUGCCGAAAUUCGGCUACAUGUAUUGAUGGAAUUGAUGGCUAUAGCUGUUCUUGUCAUCUUGGCUAUACCGGUGUUCAUUGCGAAACUGAUAUUAAUGAAUGCGUUAGUACACCAUGUGUUAAUGGUGCGACUUGCCAUGAUCUAGUCGAUGCAUUUAACUGCUCUUGUGCUCCAGGUUAUGCUGGUACUACAUGUAAUAUUAAUAUAGAUGAAUGCCAAAGUUCGCCAUGUUUCAAUAACGGUACCUGUUUGGAUGGAAUCGAUAACUACCAAUGUAGUUGUAUGCAAGGUUAUAACGGUUCGCGAUGUGAAUUCGAUAUUGAUGAAUGUAGCUCAAAUCCAUGCCAAAAUGGAGCAACAUGCGAAGAUUUUGUCGCUGAUUAUGAAUGUAUUUGUGAUGCUGGUUACACUGGUCGAAAUUGUGAAAUUGAUAUUAACGAAUGCGAAACUAAACCAUGUCAAAACGGUGGUACUUGUUAUGAUUUCGUCAAUUACUACAACUGUACCUGCCCUGACGGUUAUACGGGUUUUAAUUGCCAUAUCGAUAUUAACGAAUGCGCUGAUCAGCCUUGUUAUAAUAACGCUACAUGUGUUGAUUUAAUCGCAAAAUAUCAAUGCCAAUGCUAUCCUGGCUAUAAUGGCUCGGAUUGCCAAAUAGAUAUUGAUGAGUGUUUAUCCGAACCAUGCCAGAAUAAUGGCAGCUGCUAUGAUCAAAUUAAUCAAUUUCAAUGUCAAUGCUUACCUGGAUAUACUGAUACAAUGUGCCAAACUAAUAUCGAUGAAUGUUCUAGUAAUCCUUGCUACUUUGGAUCUUGUUUAGAUAACAUUAACGGUUAUCACUGUCGAUGCAAUCCUGGAUAUACUGGUCGAUUAUGUCAGACUGAAAUCGAUGAAUGUCAAAGUAACCCAUGUUAUAAUAACGCCACAUGUAUUAAUCAAAUUAAUCGCUAUCAAUGCAGUUGUAUUCAAGGCUUUACAGGUAUACAUUGCCAAACUGAUAUCGAUAAUUGCGAUCCCAAUCCAUGCCAUGAUGGAAAUUGUACCGACUUAGUCAAUGAUUAUACAUGUACAUGUCCGGAAGAUGUAUUAGGUCAAGAUUGUCAAAUUAAUAUCGACGAUUGCGUCAAUGUACCAUGUCAAAAUAACGGAGUCUGUAUAGAUGGAAUUAAUCGAUAUACUUGCCAAUGUCCGGCUGGUUAUACUGGACAGCAAUGUCAAACAGAUAUUAACGAAUGCUUUAGUAAUCCGUGCCAACAUGAUGCAGCAUGUAUCGACAAUAUUAAUCAAUAUCAAUGUCAAUGUCUACCUGGCUAUACUGGCAAUCACUGUCAAACUGAAAUUGAUGAAUGUUCGAGUAAUCCUUGUGUUUACGGGACAUGUAAUAACUUAAUUAAUCAAUUUAACUGUUCUUGCUCUACUGGCUAUGAUGGUACAACAUGCAAUCAUGAUAUCGAUGAAUGUCGUUUUCGACCAUGUGUUAAUUUGGUAGUAUGUGUUAAUUCUCCACCUGGUAGUUAUACAUGCUACUGCACUUCUGGUUAUACGGGUCGUCAUUGCCAGAGUAAUAUUGACGAAUGUGCAUCGUCGCCUUGUGUUCACGGAACAUGCCAAGAUGAUAUUAAUCGUUAUCAAUGUUCUUGUACUGAUGGCUAUACAGGUGUUCAUUGCGAAACUGAUAUUAACGAUUGUCUUGCACUUCCAUGCAGAAAUAAUGCGACAUGUAUUGAUUUAGUAGGCGACUAUCAUUGCAAUUGUACUCAAGGUUUUCAUGGCAAACAAUGUCUUGAAGAAGAUCGAGAAUGUGAUAGCAAUCCAUGUCAAAACGGUGCAACAUGUCAAGAUUUAGUUAACGGCUAUCAAUGUCGUUGUCGAGAUGGCUAUAACGGCACUAACUGCCAAAAUAACAUUAAUGAUUGUACACAGUCGCCAUGUCAAAAUGGAGGAAAUUGUACAGAUUUAAUCAAUGAUUAUACUUGUACUUGUCCUAAUGGCUACACGGGUAAAAACUGUUUGAGUAAUAUCAACGAGUGUUCUUCAAAUCCAUGCUUAAAUUUUGGAUCUUGCGUCGAUUUAAUUAACGGCUAUCAAUGCAAUUGCCGACUUGGAUUUACCGGCUCCCUUUGCGAAACCAAUAUCGAUGAUUGUGCUUCUUCUCCAUGUGUCAAUGCUUCAUCUUGUAUAGAUGACGUCAGUUCUUUUACUUGUGUGUGCAUUACUGGUUUUACUGGCAAUCUAUGCCAAACUAAUAUACAAGAAUGUGCUUCCAAUCCUUGCUUUAACAAUGCCACAUGCAGUGACUUAGUCAAUGCAUAUAGUUGCCGCUGUAGCUCAGGAUAUACAGGAGUUUUAUGUCAAGCUGAAAUUGAUGAAUGUGCAUCGAAUCCUUGUCUUAAUCAAGGCACAUGUGUUGAUCGCAUUAACGCAUAUCAGUGUAUUUGCACUUCUGAAUACACCGGACAAAAUUGCAAUGCUGAUGUCUAUCAAUCUUGUACAUUUGCUAACCAGACCUAUAAGCAUGGUGUUUCUUUUGAUAACGAAUGUAAUCGAUGCCAAUGUAAUAACGGAGUUACAUCUUGCACUAAGGUGUGGUGUGGAGCAACUUAUUGCACAAAUGGAACAUGCAGCCAAGAACAAGGUUCUUGUGAAGCUAUUACUGCUCUAAAUUGCUUAAAACCAUCUUGUGGCAACGUUGGAAUAUGUGCUAAUACUCGUAAAGGACUUUUAUGUUUAAAUGACAACACCAUUCCCAAUGGGUGUGUUCGAGAAUCUCGAUUUGUUGAUAUAACUAAUUUAAAAAUGGGUACAACCAUUCACAGUAUCUGUGACCAGCUACGUAACCUUACUCUGUUAAGAAGCUAUAGUUCCUCUCAAGAUUUAUAUCUUCAAUGCAAAGUCAAUUCUAAAAGCAGCACUUAUGCAAUUAUUACUCUUGCUAUGCAAAGCAUGGAAAAUACGCAGACAGCACAAGCAGCUAUGACAGCUCUAUUAGCUUAUAUCCAAAAUGCCAACAAUUCUGCUUUAGUUGGUCUUGGAAUGGUCUUCUCGACGGUAGCACCAUCACCGCAAAGCACACGUACGUACUUUAUUCCAGCAAAUGAACUUGAAAAAUAUAUUUUAAUUAAAAACGAAUUGUAA